AUGGAAGAAUCCAAUAAUUUUUUAUUAUCUCCUGAUUCCAUUUGGUCUCAACUAUUAGAAAAUUCAUAUGCAUUAAAUGAAAUCAAUUGUUUUCAAAGUUUUGGAACAAUUGAUAAUAAUAAUAAUAAUUAUAGUAAUAAUAAUAAAAAUGGUAAUGAAGAACUCUCACAACCAACUGAAAUUCAACAACAAUUACAAAAUUAUCAGGAAUUACAACAACAAAAAUAUCAGGAGCGUCAACAACAAUAUCAAACUCAAUACCAACAACCAUAUAUAGAGCCAAUUUUUGAAAUCGUAGUUACUCAACAAGAUCAACAAGAACUAAUUCCACAACAACAACAACAAGAACAAGAUCAACAAGAAGAUCAAGAUCAAGAACAAGAACAAGAACUACAACAACAACAACAACAACUACAACAACAACAACAACAACAACAACAACAACAACAACAACAACAACAACAACAACAACAACAACAACAACAACAACAACAACAACAAAAACAACAAAAACAACAAAAACAACAGCAACAAGAACAACCGUCAAUAAUUAAAGAACAAGACCAAGAACAAAAGAAAAUAAUUCAAGAACAACUAUGUGAAAAAUCAAUACAAACAUUAGAAAAUCAUUUUUUUAAUACAAAUACCCCAAAAUUAGAUCAUCAAAUACUUUCAAACUAUUCUGAAUUUUUCAAAAUAAAUCAACCAAUAACAGAUAUACCUACAACUCUAAAUACGAACUUACAAAGUGAUAAUAAUAAUAAUAAUAAUAAUAAUAAUAAUAAUAAUAAUAAUAAUAAUAAUAAUAAUAAUAAUAAUAAUAAUAAUAAUAAUUUAUUAAAUGAAAAACAAAUUGAAUCAACAUCAAAAAUAAAAAGAAUUAAUUUAGGUUAUGAUAUUACAAAAAUAACAUUUAAUAAAAUUGAAAAAGGUAAAAGAAAUCAAACUGAAUCAAGUAAAAAUUUUAGAGAAAGAAAAAAAGAAUAUAUUAAAGAUAUUGAACUUAAAUUAAAAGAAUUAACAAUUGAAAAUGAUAAACUUAAAAAAGAAAAUGAUACAUUAAAGAAAAUAGGAAUUGAAAUAAUGAGAUCAGAACCAGAAUCAAUUAAUAUGAUAAUGGAAUGUAAAAAAAUUAUAAAAAAACUUGAAAAAGCAUUAAUUGAUAAUGAUGAAAGAUCAUUAAUUUAUUUAUUAUAUCUUUAUCAUAGUGAAACAUCAAAAAGAUAUUCAUUAACAGAGAUUGAAGUUGAUAAAAUAAUAAAUCCAUAUUCACAAUUAAAAUUAAAAUUAGCAGGUUAUAUUCAAAAUCCAACAACUGAAAUUUUAGAUAUUUUUGGUGGUAAUAAUAAUAAUAAUAAUAAUAAUAAUAAUAAUAAUAAUAAUAAUAAUAAUAAUAAUGAUAAUGAUGAUGAUAAUGAAGAAGAAGAAAUAUCAUGGUUUAAAAAAUAUAAAAAAGAAGCAAAUCUUACAAUUGAACAAUCAAAUAAAUUAGAUUUAUUACGUGAUUAUCAUUGUUUAAAAUUUGAAUUACUUUUAAAAGAAAGAAGAGAACUUGAUAGAGAUAUUAAAAAAUUAUAUAAUGGUAUUGCAUUAAGUGGAUUUGAUUUAACACCAAGAUCGUUAGCAAAUUGGGAUAUUGAUAAACAAAUUGAAACUACAAAUAAAUUAAAUCUAUUGAAAAUUAAAAUCAUUUCAAGUUUAAAUUUAAAUUUAGAUACAUUCUCAUCAAUUAGUUCAAUUUUAUCACCAAAACAAGAAGCAUUACUUUUGGUUAGAGCUCAUUUAUUUGGUUCAAAUAAAAAAAAUCCUCAUAUUGAAAUUUUAAAUAAUGUUUGGACUGGUUUAAUUUCUAAAUCUUCUUCUCCAAGUUUUUUUGAAAUUGCAAAACUUUUAAAAGAAAUGUCAGAUUCUGCCAAUGCUAAAAUUAUGGAAGAUUAUUUAUAUAAAAAAUAA